CGCCGAACCAUCGUGAAAGCCUUCGCCUCGGAGAAGGACGCCUUUCUCUUCCUCCUUCGACGGCGUCGAUCGCAUCCGAUCAAAACCCUAUUUGCCGAUCGAUUCGACGUCGCCGGCGUGAUUCAUUGUCUAGCCCAUGGUCUCUGAUGCUUAAUAGCUUUUUGCUGAAAAUGUCACUUUCCAGUUUAGUGGUUUGAGAAUUCUGUAAUUUAUGAUGUUCCUCACAAUCACAUGGCAUCAGCAAUAUUCUCCUAUUUGCAAAAUCUCUGGCCAUUUUCGAUAUUUAAGGCUGAUGAUUUGAGAAUUUCAGCCCAACUAGUUUGCAAGCUUUCGAUCCCAGAUAAAACAAAGCAGUUUGUUUUUGCUUUCCGUGAACCAGACUCUGACUCGAUAGUGUAUAUAUUAGCUGCUCAGAACCUAUCACUGCAAUCUGCCUUGGAUGCAGAGUAUCUGAUCAAAGAAGUUCAGCCGAAGGUUGUGGUUGCUCAGAUUUCUCCGUCAGUAUUGGCUGAUAUCCGAACAGAGGAGAAGUGCUUAAAAAAUGAUCGAGUAGACAAUGUGCCGACUUCAUCAUUUGGGGUGCUUAAAAGAUGUUUCAUAGAAAAAAUCAACAAAGAUCAUUAUGAAAGUUUUGCUGGGUGUCAGGUCUUACAAGAGAUAUUUGGAGUUGGGUUUUAUGGCCAUUUCUUGGCUGCAAAGAGAGCUGCAGAAGAGACAGAUUCACAUUUUAUAUUACUUGAGUCACCAUAUGACAAACGAUAUGCUGGAACUAAUCAAGACAAUGAUAAAGAUGGAGGUCAGGGCUCAGGGUUGCACAUACAAACAAGUGGCUUGCUUCCUGGAAAAGUUACUUCAGCUCUCUGCUCAAGUUCGAAAAGAAUCUGUGUAGAUGACACACUUAAGUCAGAGAUGAUUAAGUCAGUGAUUCCAUUUCUUGAUCUAAUAAUCUCAAAAGAAGUUCAACCUGACCCAAAAUCCAAAGUGGUACCUAUAAAAGAUGAGCCAAAUUUUAAUUAUAAAGUGCCUCUGUUUGCACAAUCUUUUUAUCCUUUACUCACAGAUCUACAUGACAUAUUCAUUGAACUUCCAUCAAUCGGAAAAGCUCUGGUUUCUGUUCAGAGAAUGCUUGCUGAUAUCAAUGAUGGAAAGCCAGUUAAUACUCAAACUUUAUCCAGUGUAUAUAUUUUCAGGAUUGCAGUCGAGGGUUUAAGGAUAGCUUUAAACAAUUCUGCCCGUUUUCCGAUGGAAAGAACAAAAAAAAGCAACUCAACAGAAAUAGAGUUUUUUGAGCUCCCUUCUGAAGAGAAAUCCCAUGUUCUUUUUGUGCAAGCUCUUAGGAGCCAAGCAAAGAAGUUUGGAUCUGUGGUGGCCAUAGUUGAUGCGGGUUGCUUGGCUGGUCUCAGGAGGCACUGGAAUACAUCUGUACCCCUCAAUGUUGCAGAGUCAACUGAUACAUGUUUUACGAAAUAUCAUGAUGAUGAUCCUGAUGCAAAUGAUGAAAAGGUAGUUGAGAACAUGAAAAGAAAGGGCCUUUUAGCAGAAAGGCCUGUGGUAACAAUUGGUGCAGGAGCUACAGCAGUUCUUGGUGCAUCAUCACUAUCAAAAGUUGUUCCUGCAUCUACAAUUGUUAAGCUUGCAACAUACAAAAUUCCUGCUAUUUUGAAACUCAGCUUGGCACAGUUGCAAAGGACAGCUACUAUUGGACUUGGUAAUAUCCUUGGCUCAUCACAUUUUCUUACACAUGGGCUUACAAGUGCUGGAGCCAAGACCUCCACCUUGAAGUUCACAGCAUCAGCUGAAAAAAUUCGUGCUAUGACACACACUAUGAUAGCAUCAGCUGAGAGAACAAGCUUGUUGGCUAUGAGGACAUCAUUCUACGAGAUUAUGAGGAGGAGGGGUGUCCGGCCAGUGAGGUUUGCGUCAUUGGCUACCUUCGGUAGCAGCAUGGUUGCUUGCUCUGCACUUCUGGCUUAUGGAGAUGGGAUUGAGUGUGCUGCUGAGGCAUUGCCCUCUAUUCCGAUGAUUGCGUCAUUGGGUCGUGGGCUUCAGAGUUUGCACCAAGCAUCCCAGGCAGUGAGAGAGGCAUGGUACUAAGAUACGGGAACCUUUCCAGUCUCUGAUGUACAAUUUGAGAAAAUGAGAGCACAGAAAAGAAGGAUUGAUAUCUCUUGGUUACCUGUGGCCACUGUUUUAGAUCUUUCAAAUAACUGCAGCUUUUAUAUUGCCCUGUGCCAUGUCUUCAGUUGUGGUUAGCCCCAUCGCAAAGAAACUGCAGAUUGAGAUUUUAGGCACCUAGCUGCUUAUGGAAUUCCGGACAGCACAUUUUGUUCUCUAGCAAUCCAAUUUAUUUACAUUUGGGUAACUGACCUUUCGGGCCUCAUCACAUGCUAGAGAUUGGAAUGGAAAAGCUUGGAUUUAUAUCCGCUUGUAUAAAGUUUUUUUUUUCCUUCUUAGUUUCUUGGAUUUCUUUUUUUUGUGUUGUUGCUUUAAGAUUGUCGUGUGGCUGUUUGACAUGGAAAAAUGAUCUUAGAAUUGCAUUGACAUCUAAUAAAUACAUUACUAUUUUCUAAUGGAUAGUCUACUUUAUUAAUUUGUGAAUCCGUGGUCUUAGUGUUGAGAGAUGGCUUAUCUAGUUCUCAUAAUUGUGGAAGAGGUAUGGGUUAGGUUGACUUGAAUAUGCUCCAAUUUUAUGUAGGUCGUGUGUGUGGGUUUUUGUUUUCUUUUUUCCCUCCCAGUUAUGAGAAGCAAAAGGCCUGAUCAACAUGUUUAGCUAACACUUCUGGGACCUUGGUGUUAUUUGCAGUUGUCCUUAAGAGUUCUGUGCAUCAACAGCAAGUAUGAUGGAGAAGCAAUUCCACUUUCUUUUCCACUCCAACCAAAUUGAGAGCUUCCAAGUUAUUUUGUUUUGGAGGAGGGACUCCUUUUGAUUCCUGUUCUGCGGGAGAUGUGUGUGUUGUGGGAUCAUGUCAUUUUUCUCUCAAUUGGACGAUACAUCAAAUCAGUCCAUUUGGUCCAUGCCAAUCAACAAAACCCAGCUCAAGGUACAUGUACUGAUGUAAACUAAGCACAGAAUCAACCUCUUCCUGGGUAUGAAACUCCAAAUAUAACAGCAGACUUAAACUUGUUACUCUGAACUUGGACAACCAAAUCUUGGACAGCAUCUUCUUGAAUGUAUCAUUUAUUCAGAUCUGUUCAGCAGAGGCCAAUCCAGUUGCAUCUGAUGAAGCCCAGUCAUCAGAUGUUCUAUUUGAGUGGGAAGUCAAAAGGCAGCACCAAAUGGUUAUUGUACCACAUGUGAACAGUCUAAAUGCCUCACCUUGAUACAUGACUGAUCCCCUGCAACCUUGUCUUCUAUUCAAUGGAACUGUUGCAAUCUUUCUUUUUUUGAUGUCUUUGAUAGGAAACAACACUGCCACUGCCAUAUGAUUCAAGUCAUGCUUAUUUAAGCCUGAGAUGAACAAAAUGAGAAUAUAUUGGUGACAGGGAGUGGUUCUAGAA